GCUGGCACCAUGCUGCGGCACUGCGCUCUCCGGGUGCUGGCACGCGCCGGCGCCGGCCACGGCUGUCGCCGCUACGGUUCGUGCUCACCGAGCGCCAGCGGCGACGCUCGAGAAGCGCGGGCCUACUUCACCACACCUAUUUUCUACGUGAACGCCGCGCCGCACAUCGGGCACCUGUACUCUGCGCUGCUGGCCGACGCCCUCUGCCGCCACCGUCGACUCUGUGUUCCCCGCUCUGGGUCCACGCGGUUUUCUACCGGCACGGACGAGCACGGCCUAAAGAUCCAGCAGGCGGCAGCCACCGCGGGCCUGGCCCCAAUCGAGCUGUGCGAUCGAGUGUCCGCCCAGUUCCAGCAGCUUUUCCGGGAGGCUGGCAUCUCCUCCACAGACUUCAUCCGCACCACGGAGGCUCGGCACCGGGUGGCGGUGCAGCACUUCUGGGGGGUGCUGGAGGCUCGGGGUCUGCUUUACAAAGGAAUCUAUGAAGGGUGGUAUUGCGCCUCGGACGAGUGUUUCCUGCCAGAGGCCAAGGUCACUCGGCAGGUGGGUCCAUCUGGGGAUCCGCGUACUGUCUCUCUCGAGAGCGGACAUCCUGUCUCCUGGACCAAGGAAGAAAAUUACAUUUUCAGGCUUUCCCAGUUUCGGGAAGCACUCCAGCAGUGGCUUCGAAACAACCCUCAGGCGAUCACCCCGGAGCCAUUCCACCAGGCAGUCCUUCAGUGGCUGGAGGAGGAGCUGCCGGAUUUGUCCGUUUCUCGAAGGAGUAGCCACUUGCCCUGGGGGAUUCCGGUUCCCGGGGACGACUCGCAGACUGUCUAUGUGUGGCUGGAUGCCCUGGUCAACUACCUUACAGUAGCUGGCUACCCAGAUGCAGAUUUCAAGUGUUGGUGGCCAGCCGCAUCUCAUAUCAUAGGUAAGGACAUUCUCAAAUUUCAUGCGAUAUACUGGCCUGCCCUUCUCCUAGGGGCCGGAUUGAGGCCACCACAUCGCAUUUAUGUCCACUCGCACUGGACGGUGAGUGGCCAAAAGAUGUCCAAGAGCUUGGGGAACGUGGUGGAUCCCAGGACUUGCCUUGAUCGGUAUACUGUGGAUGGCUUUCGCUACUUUCUGCUUCGGCAGGGAGUUCCCAACUGGGACUGCGACUACUAUGAUGAAAAGGUGGUUAAAUUGCUGGACUCCGAGCUGGCAGAUGCUUUAGGAGGGCUGUUAAACCGGUGCACUGCCCACAGAAUGAACCCUUCUGGGACCUACCCAUCUUUCUGUGCUGCCUGUUUCCCCAGUGAGCCAGGGUUAACAGGGCCAACAGUUCGUGUGCAGGCAGAAGACUAUGCACUCGUAAGCGCGGUGGCCACUUUGCCCAAGCAGGUAUCGGGCUACUAUGCUGACUUCCAGAUCUAUAAGGCUCUGGAGGCGGUAUCCAGCUGUGUUCGGCAAACUAAUGGCUUCAUCCAAAGGCACGCACCGUGGAAACUGACCUGGGAGAGUCCUGCGGAUGCUCCCUGGCUGGGUACCGUGCUUCAUGUAGCCUUGGAGUGUUUGCGAGUGUUUGGAACUUUGCUUCAGCCUGUUACUCCAAACUUAUCGGACAAGCUGCUGUCAAGACUGGGGGUCUCUGCCACAGAGAGAGGCCUUGGAGAGCUCUACUUCCUACCUCGAUUCUAUGGACACCCAUGCCCCUUUGAAGGGAGAAAGUUGGGACCUGACACUGGGCUUUUGUUUCCAAGACUGGACCAAUCCAGGACUUGGCUAGUGAAAGCUCAUAGGACUUAGGAACUCAGUUCUUACUGGCUGAUGGUGAAAGAGCACAUGUUUUUUUUUUUGCAUUUUCAAGGAAAGUUAAGGUCGUGUUUAUUUAGAAAAUGUUGUAUCAGAGAUGAGCAUUGUGUCUGUCCUUAAGCAAAGAGAGGUGCAACUGACUAGCCCACCCCUUUUCAUUUCUCUGUGCCAUUAACCACUGUUCUUUGUUCACCAAGAGAAGGAC